GAUCACUGAAGACGAAUUUCAGUUCAGGAUGAAGAUCUUCUUCACUCUCCUGAUGUCAGGUCUGAUCUCAUACUUGACCUUUGGACCAAUGAGUUUACAGGAUUCUGGAUUAUAUCAGUGUGGAGAGACUGGUGUGUGGAAUUAUACUGUGAACCUCAAAGUCAAUGAAGAUCAAUGUUGUUUGGGGCCAAACACUGUGACUGCUUUUCUGGGAGAGACUGUCACCAUCAACUGUUCAUAUCCAGAGCAGUUUAAGAGAAAAACCAAGCUCUUCUACAAAAAAAUCCAUAAUCAAUAUUUUACUGCAGUGACUCAGUCUCAGAGAGACAGAUUCUCCAUUUCUGAUAACAGAAGAUCUAAAGUUCUCAGUGUGAGUAUCAGUGAUGUGGGAGAAGAUGAUGGAGGAGUUUAUUUCUGUGGAGCUGGGACUGGAGGAGGGUUAAUCAGUUACAACUCCUUCUUUACAGAGAUUCAGCUUCGGAUUACUGGACAGGAAACAUCUACUUUGCCAAUAGAAAUAGCACCAAGUUCAGCAGCUUACACCACAACAUCAACAGCGCCAACAGCAAUCACAUCUGAUGAAGAGCAUUUCAGUAUGAACAAAUUUGCUGAUGAUUAUGAAAAUUAUCCACAUGGAAACCAGAACAACAUCAGAAUGUACCCAAUCUACCAGAGCCUGGACCCUAACACCGGCCAAUCAGAUUCUGUGUACCAGACUCUAAACCCCAACAUCCACCGAUCAGAUUCAGUCUACCAGAGCCUAAACCCCAACACCAACCAACCAGAUACAGUCUACCAGAGUUUAGUGUAG